AUAGGUGUAAGGCUAGUUGCGAGUGGUUUUAUUAUUUUUACCAAUGGCUCGUAGCACCACCGACCUUGUUGCAGUUUGGGACAUAGCUUUGAGUGAUGGAGUUCACAAAAUAGAGUUUGAACAUGGGACCACAACAGGAAAACGAGCGAUUUAUGUUGAUGGACAGACGAAGCUGAAAACAGAGUGGUUGUUUAAGUUGGUUGGUAAAGAAGAUUUUACAAUAGGAAAGCAGAAUGUAAAAGCAAGUAUACACAUCGAUGCUUGCAGUGGGUUUGCAUAUGAAUAUACGCUACACAUACAAGGGAAAAGCUUAAAGAAGUUCAUUGAAAAUAAAAGCAAAACUAGCAAAAGUUGGGAGUUUAAACUAGAUGGCAAGGACACCAGAGUUGUUCUAGAAAAAGAUACCAUGGCUGUCUGGUGCAACGGUCAAGAAAUGGAAACGGCUGGUGAAUUCACAGAUGAAGGAACUGAAACCCAUUUUGAAAUAGGGAACCAUUUCUGUUAUAUUAAAGCACUUUCAAGUGGAAAACGCAGAGAUGGGAUUCUUCAUACUUUGUACUUAGACAAUUGCCUAUUGCCGGAUAAAUAAUCUUCCUUAAUCAUUGUAUUGUAAACUUGACGUACCUAGCAAAACCACUGGGUUUCUGUUUGUUCCUUGCAGUAGUGUUUAACGUUAUCUUUAGUUUUUUUUCAUGUAUUAUGGUGAAAAGUAUUCAUAUAGGAAUUCAUGUCCAACUGUUGGUAUUUUAUCUGUGCUCAAUUUUUAUAUUUUGUACUUUUUUGGUGUAAGCGCUUAUUGUAGUAUUCGACUGUUCGCAUAUGGUAUUUUUAUCAAUAAAAUUUAUUUUUAAA